CGUGCGAGUCUAAAAAACCCCGUGCGACCGCGUGGACGAGCACAGCCGCCCCCAGCUCGCCCAACGGUCCGCUCCUCCCCUGCCACCGCCGCCGUUGCCGCCGCCGCCGCCCUCGGAAUGGACCCCGGGUUCGACGACGUCCCCGAGGUCGUCGACUGGAUGUCGUCGAUGGUCGACCGCGGGGGCCGCCGGAACCAAGAGAGCACCCGCCUGUUCCUGGCGCGGCGCACGGCGCUGGAGAUGCUGCGCGACCGCGGCUACAGCGUGCCGGAGUCGGAGCUCGCCCGUACGCUCCCGGAGUUCCGCGCGUGGUGGGAAAAAGAUCCCGAUUUCGACCGCCUCGCCUUCGCCACCGCCCGUGCCUCGGACCACUCCGACAAGGUGCAAAUUCGAUUCUGCUCACAGGAGCCUGUCAGAAUUGCAACUAUCCAGGAGAUAUAUGACCAGAUCGAAGGAGAGAACUUGUCUAGACUUAUUCUGAUAUCGAAAGGAAAAAUAAUGCCUAGAGCUAAAGAGUCUAUGAAGGAGAAAUUCACAUUUAAAGUAGAUAGUUUUCUGGUCAGAGAACUACUGGUUAACAUUACUAAGCAUGUCCUAAAGCCCAAGCAUGAAGUGUUGUCUGCAGAAGAAAAGGCCAAUCUCCUGAAGAAGUACAAGGUGGAGGAUUCACAGCUCCCUCGCAUGGACGCGACUGAUGCUGUUGCUCGCUACUAUGGCCUUGACAAGGGAACUGUACUUAAAGUUACAUAUGAUGGUGAGAUUACAGGAAAUCAUGUGACAUACCGAUGUAUUUUCUGAGGGCUGCAUGUGUCUCCAUGGAUGAAAACUGUAGCCAGCUGUUUAUAAAAUCGUGGUCUUACUAUGUUGUCCGGUGUUCAGUGGCUCGUUACCACAAGGAGGUGUUCGGAGGUGUUACAUAGAAGAAUGGUCUACUGGAACUGAAGCAGUCUCCGUUUACGGAUUCCAUUCUGUUUUGCAAACUAGAGCUAGCAUAGGUGUUACAAAUCAGAUGUCAAAACCCCGAGUGGACUCAAGAACCAAGAAAGAAAACUGUCAAAUAAUCUUUGUGCUGCUAA